GAUGGAGGAAGCUAGUUUGUGCCUUGGUGUUUCUUCAGCUGUGCCAGAAGCUGACGCCCAUCUCAACACCACCAUACUCAAUGGGCAGUAUUCAAUGAGCCAGAAGCUGCACCAGAUCACUUCCCAGCUCAGCCAUGCCUUCCCGGAGCUCCAGAACAGGCAGAAUCCCGAGGAGAAGGCAUCAGCGCCGCUAGAAGACAAAAGCCACAUGUCCAUAGCAAACCAGCCCAUCAGCAGUCAGAUGGCACUGUUGGCAAACCAGCUCAACAGAGAGGUUGACACCAGUUUGAACGGGCGCGUGGACCUGCAGCAGUUCUUAAAUGGACAAAAUUUAGGGAUUAUGUCUCAGAUGAGUGAUAUAGAGGAUGAUGCCAGGAAGAACAGAAAGUACCCAUGUCCCCUCUGUGGGAAACGCUUUCGAUUUAACAGCAUCCUGUCGCUACACAUGCGAACUCAUACUGGAGAGAAACCAUUUAAGUGUCCAUACUGUGACCACAGAGCAGCUCAGAAAGGCAACCUGAAGAUACACCUGCGUACUCAUAAGCUUGGAAACCUUGGCAAAGGUCGUGGAAGAGUCCGAGAAGAAAACAGACUUUUACAUGAGCUGGAGGAGAGAGCAAUUCUUCGGGACAAACAGAUGAAGAGCAGCCUCUUGCAGCCACGACCUGACGUGAAAGCACAGCAGCACGCCCAGCCAAUGCCUCUCGCAAACUGUAACUUGUCUGUGCCACCUAAUCACAGCACACCUGAUAUUUCAAACCCUGUUCCCUCUCCAAAGCCAGUCAGCGUCCAGGAAGAAGUUGUCGCUCAGACAGCUGGGUUCAGAUGCACGUUUUGCAAAGGCAAGUUUAAGAAGCGCGAAGAGCUGGACAGGCACAUAAGGAUCCUGCACAAGCCUUACAAGUGCACCCUGUGUGACUUUGCCGCCUCGCAGGAGGAGGAGCUGAUCAGCCACGUGGAGAAGGCUCACAUAACUGCAGAGUCAGCACAGGGCCAGGGCUCCAAUGGGAACGGAGAGCAAUCCACCAACGAGUUCCGCUGUGAGGUGUGCGGCCAAGUGUUUAGCCAGGCCUGGUUCCUAAAAGGCCACAUGAGAAAGCACAAGGAUUCCUUUGAACACUGCUGUCAGAUCUGCGGGAGGCGAUUCAAAGAGCCUUGGUUUCUUAAAAAUCACAUGAAAGUUCACCUGAAUAAGUUAUCUGUAAAGAACAAAUCUCCUAAUGACCCUGAAGUACCUGUCUCCAUCAGCAGCAUGUCCCAGGAAGCUCAUGCAAACUUAUAUUCAAGAUACCUGUCAUGUUUGCAGAGUGGGUUUCUUCCUCCCGACAAAGCGAGUUUAAGUGAACAAAAUCCAAUCUAUAACAAAGGAGAUAUGCCCAUGAAAGAGAAAGAAGUCUUGGGGAAGCUCCUUUCGCCCAUUUCUGGCAUUGGUCACAGUAUUGCUGAAGGGGAUAAACAUUCUUUAUUGGGCUGUCUCAAUCUGGUGCCUCCUCUGAAAUCCAGCUGUAUAGAAAGGUUACAAGCUGCUGCCAAAGCGGCAGAGAUGGAUCCAGUAAACAGUUAUCAGGCCUGGCAGCUUAUGGCAAGGGGAAUGGCCAUGGAACAUGGCUUUUUGUCUAAAGAGCAGCAGAUACAUCGCAGCCAUGAAGACACUUUGGCAAAUGCUGGAGUUAUGUUUGAUAAGGAGAAGCGAGAGUAUGUGUUAGUAGGAGCAGAUGGCUCUAAGCAGAAAAUGCCUGCUGAUUUGGUUCACAGCACUAAAAUGGGCAAUCAGAGAGACUUGCCAAACAAACUAGACCCUUUAGAAGGCGGUAGAGAUUUUUUGUCACAUGGUAUGAACCAGGGACUCGAUUACAACUUACAAAGUCAUGGAAACGUAAAAGAAAAGCCAACUGAAUGCCCGGACUGUGGAAGGGUUUUUAGAACAUACCACCAAGUGGUUGUACACUCCAGGGUCCACAAAAGAGACAGGAAGGGAGAUGAUGACAUAAUUCAAGGUAGCCUUGAUGAGCGACGUGGGUCUGGAAGCGAUCAAGAGUCUCAGUCUGUCAGCAGGUCGACAACACCGGGGUCCUCUAACAUUACUGAAGAAAGCGGAGUAGGUGGGGGUCUUUCACAGACAGGGAGUGCCCAAGAGGACAGCCCACAUCCUUCCUCACCCUCCUCUUCAGACAUUGGAGAAGAAGCUGGGAGAUCUGUAGGAGUCCAGCAGCCAGCUUUACUGAGGGACAGGAGCCUUGGUUCUGCCAUGAAAGACUGCCCAUAUUGUGGAAAAACUUUCAGAACAUCCCACCACUUAAAGGUCCACUUGAGAAUACAUACAGGUGAGAAGCCUUACAAGUGUCCACAUUGUGAUUAUGCUGGUACUCAGUCUGCGUCCCUCAAAUAUCACUUGGAACGGCACCAUCGGGAGCGACAGAAUGGAGCAGGACCACUCUCUGGGCAGACUGCAAGUCAAGAACACAAAGAUGAGACAUCAAGUAAAAGUUCUGUGUUUAUUAGACCAGAUAUAUUGAGAGGAGCCUUCAAGGGGCUUCCUGGUAUUGAUUUCCGAAGUGGCAUGGUCUCACAGCAGUGGACGUCAGGAAUGCUGUCUUCUGGAGAUCAGCAAGGACAAACAGCUGGCAUGUCAUCUGAAGUAUCUUCAGAAAAUAUGAAGGGUUCAGACAUAUCUUCCAAAGGAACACACUUCUCUGAACUUGGCCGUGCUUACCAGAACAUGGUUGGGAAUGGUGUGAACUUUCAAGGGUCUUUGCAGGCUUUCAUGGACAGCUUUGUCCUAAGUUCUUUGAAGAAAGAAAAAGAAAUGAAAGAUAAAGCUCUCUCAGAUCCACUUUCAGCAAAAGCUCUGGCCUCAGAUGGUGGCGAGGAAAAGAUAAAUAGCAAGUCCUCACAGCGAAAAACAGAAAAGUCACAAUACGAACCUCUCGACUUAUCUGUAAGGCCAGAUGCAGCCUCCCUCCCAGGUUCAUCUGUUACUGUGCAAGACAAUAUAGCUUGGCAUGGCUGCUUGUUUUGUUCCUUUACAACUUCAUCUAUGGAACUGAUGGCACUGCACCUCCAGGCCAAUCACUUGGGCAAGGCUAAACGUAAAGAGAACAUCAUAGGGAACAACAAGGACCAAUCUAGAGAAGCUUCAGCCUCAGUUAAUAAAGCGAGCUUGCUCUCCUCUUCCGUGCAGUCCAGCAAGGAGGCAGUAGUUUCAAGCAUGCUGAGCCAGCUGGACUCAGCUUCUGAGAAAAUGACCCAGGGACAAAAUAAAGAGACCCUGGGAGAGCAAAAGAGCACUGCCUGGCCCAGCCACAUGGAAUCGACUUUUUGUAAUUUUUCAGCAGACUUCUAUAAGCAGUUUGGUGUUUAUCCUGGUGUUAUUGGCACGGGAACACAAAAUUCUUGCACCAGUAAUGAAUCUGAAAUAAAAACACAAUCCGAAGAUGACCCAAAUAUUCUGCUCUCUGACUCUGUAAAUAAAAGUGCUACUGAUGACCUUUCUGACAUAGCUUCAUCUGAGGAUAUGGAGUCUUCCAAGGAAGAAAACAUUGAAGAUGAGGACAUUGACACAGAACCAGAAAUUAUGAAUAAACAGUUGUCUGCCCUAAAUAAAGAAAGCAAUGAAGGAGGCGACAAUAUACAAAGUGCAGUCACCUCACAACCAACGCAAGGGCUCGUAUCACCACUGCCGCAAGCGUCAGAAAAGCAGUGGCACGGUCAGAAUCUUCUAUCUUCCCAUGAAACUGCACAAGGAGUGAUGAAACCCGAACAAGUUCAGGGUCCACAGGUCCUGGAGAAGCAGAUGAACAUGUUGUCAGUCCUAAGAGCUUACAGCUCUGAUGGCUUAGCAGCCUUUAAUGGACUUGCAAGUAGCACAGCAGCUAGUGGAUGUAUCAAGAGACCUGACUUGUGUGAGACCGGUGUGCACCAAAGGCAACUGAGAGAUGACAAAUCACCAGAAAGGCUCCAGAGGGGAUUUUGA